AUGAGGAAAUUUUUGGUUGCUAGAGAAAAUAUUGAGAAUGUGAAUGUUGUGCAAUCGGAAGUCGAAUUAGAACCACCAUCUAAUGUGGUUAAUGAGUUUAAUCCAAAUGAGAUUGUGCGAGAUCCAGGUCAUAGGAAACAAAUUAAUGAGUAUGCUCCGGAUAUUCAAGACCAAGUGAGGAGGGCAUAUAUAUUGAAGGGUCCAAUGCAACCAGAUUUGCCAAGCUUUCCUCGUACUACAUUUGGGAGUGUUAAAAGAUCAUUUAGUAAAUCAUGGUAUAAGAAUUAUACAUGGUUAGAAUACAAUGAGAUAAAGGAUGCAGCUUAUUGUUUUUAUUGUUUUCUCUUUAAGAAACCCGGGAGGGCCGAGCACUUUGGUUUUGAAGUCUUCACUAAAAGUGGAUAUAGAGAUUGGAAGCAUGCAUCUCAAGGCUUGAAAGAUCACGUUGGUAGUCAUAAUAGUUUGCAUAACUCAUGUGUCAAGCACUAUGAUGAUUAUAAUAAUCAAAGACAAAGUGUGACAAGUAAGUUUGCUAAAGCAACCAAGGAAUCAGAAGAAUUAUAUAAGAUUCGUUUGACUUGUUCUUUAGAUUGUUCAAGAUAUCUCAUAGAACAAGGCAUGACUUUUCGUGGCCAUGAUGAAUCCUCUACUUCUCUAAAUAAGGAUAAUUUUAGAGAGAUGGUAGAUUGGGUAAAAUCUCAAAAUGAACAAGUGAGGGACGCUUUUGACCGUGGUGGAAAAAAUUGCACAAUGACUUGCGGUGACAUUCAAAAGGAGCUUGCAACAUGUUGUGCACAUGAAGUUACCAAGGUGAUUAUGGAAGAGCUUGGUGAUAGACAACUCUCCGUGCUUAUUGACGAGUCACGUGAUAUAUCCGUCAAAGAGAAAAUGGCGGUGAUGUUGAGGUUUUUGAAUGACAAAGGAAAUGUUGUGGAACGAUUUAUUUCUCUACAUCAUGUCAAAGAUACUACAUCUGAGUCAUUAAAGAAUGCUCUUUAUGGUAUUCUUGAUAAGUACACGUUAUCGAUUUCAAGGAUACGAGGGCAAGGAUAUGAUGGAGCUUCAAAUAUGAGAGGUGAAUUUAAUGGUUUGCAAAGAAAAAUUCUAGAUGAAAAUCCUUAUGCUUUCUAUGUUCAUUGUUAUGCUCACCACUUGCAAUUAGUUGUUGUGUCUGUUACUAGUAGUUGCUCAUCUAUUCAUGAUUUCUUUGAGUACAUCUCCUUGAUUGUGACCACAACAAGUGCAUCUUGUAAGAGGAAGGAUGCUUUGAUAGAGGCACAACACCAAGAUAUUUUAAAUAAACUUGAGAGUGGUGAGAUAUAUAGAGGAAAGGGCUUGCACCAAUCAUCUAAUCUCACAAGACCUGGGGAUACUAGAUGGGGUUCACAUCAUACUACAUUGCUUCGUUUGGAUCAAAUGUGGCCCUCUGUGUUAAAGGUACUUAGUAUGGUUGAUGAAGAUGGACGUGGACCGUCUUAA